AUGAAAGUGACAAAGUCUAUCAUAGUCAUGCUCUCUGCAGUGUUAGUUGCAGUCAGCUGUGAACGCAAAGCUCCACUGGAAUGUGGCAUUCCGAGGAUCAGUGCUCAUGAACUGAUCACCAAUGGACAGGACACUGCUCCGGGAGACUGGCCGUGGCAUGCAGCCAUCUUUCGCCGGAAAGGUAGUUCAACGAAUUACGUUUGCGGUGGAUCUGUUAUCAGCGAAGAAUACAUCUUGACGGCGGCUCACUGUGUCAUGAAUGCGGACAACGGUUUCCAACUGGCCGUGAACCGUAUAUUUGUGCGGUUGGGAGUUCACGAUCUGCACACGAUAAAUCCAGAAUUUAUACAACAGCAUGAAGUUGGAAAAAUUUUUAAGUUUGCGAACUUCACUCGAUUUGUCAACGACAUUGCGUUGCUUAGGCUUAGUACAUAUAUUCGCUUUACCAGUUACGUCCAACCAGCUUGUAUGAAUUUGGAACCAAAUAUUAACGGAGAGUAUGGAACUGUUGUUGGAUGGGGGUUAACCGAGAAUGAGGAAACGUCUUCAGUUUUGAAAAAAGCGGAUAUCCCGGUGAUCGAACCAAUCGCGUGCUUGAAAACCGAUCGCGUACUGUUUGGUCAAACUCUGAACGAUGGUGUGUUCUGUGCUGGAUAUACAAACGGAACCGGUGUCUGCAAUGGUGACAGUGGAGGAGGGUUGUUUUUCCGAAGAGCCAAUACCUGGUUCUUGGGUGGAAUUGUGUCUUUUUCACAGAUUCGAUCAGACGGAUCGAGGAAUUGUUACAUGGAGGGUUAUGGAGCAUUCACGAAAGUGCACCAUUUUAUCUCGUGGAUCAGCAACAUAACGGGAAUGGAAUUUCAGCGUAACUAUAAUUGUGAAGUGCAUUUGAGCUGA